UGGAGCAGAGCCGGUCGCGGCGUGCAGGCUGGGAAGCAGCGUGAUUAAUGCGGGAGAUGAGAACGUGGCAGUGAAGCCAGAGGGAUGCUGCCAAGCUGUGAUGAGGAAGUAAAUAGCAUCAGGAAGCAAUGCUGAGUGACAAUAAAUCUGUGAAGCCGAAAAGUGAUUGUUCACCUCCUGUGCAAUGGUGUAAGGUGACUGCGCAUGAAGAUGAGAAGACCAAGCUGGUUUCUAAAAAAAGACUUCUUGCACUGUUUGUAGUCGGAGGGUGUUUCCUUUAUAUCCUCAAAUUAAGUUUUGGACCUGAAGAAUGUGACAGAACAAAAAUGCUGUAUGUGGACCUCGAUCGUGUAAGGAGAGCACAGCAGUAUGCCAGCGCUGCAUUGCAGGAACAGUGCCGGCCUUCUUAUGUGAAGAAAGAAAUGAGGAAGUUAUUUGCAGAGAAAUACAGCAUGGACAUAUCUCCCUUUGUAAGAAAAAAUACAAAUGAAAAUUUGUUUAAAUAUGAACCUCCCUUUGGAUUUCAGAAGUUCUUUGAUAAGCUUAAAAAUCUCCUUGAACUCUUACCGGAGCAUGAUUUACCAGAAGAUUUGAAGUCAAAACACUGUAAGCGUUGUGUUGUUGUUGGCAGUGGUGGAAUUCUUCAUGGGUCAGAGCUGGGUCACUUAUUGAAUCAGUUUGAUAUUGUUAUAAGGUUAAAUGACGCGCCAGUUCAAGGAUACACAGAUCACGUUGGUAACAAAACUACUAUACGGAUGACUUACCCAGAAGGAGCCCCCCUUUCUGAACAUGAGUAUCCUCCUGCUAGCUUGUUUGUGGCUGUUUUGUUUAAAAGUGUUGAUUUCAAUUGGCUUCAAGCAAUGGUAAAAAACGAAACCUUGCCUCUCUCGGUGCGACUCUUCUUUUGGAAGGAGGUUGCUGAGAAGAUUCCUCUUACAUCAAAGCAGUUUCGGAUUCUGAAUCCAGCCAUCAUCAAAGAGACAGCUUUGGACAUUUUACAGUUCCCUGAACCUCGAUCAAAAUUCUGGGGUUGGGAUAAGAACGUACCUACAAUUGGGGUGACAGCAGUUGUUCUGGCCACACAUUUAUGUGAUGAAGUGAGCUUAGCAGGAUUUGGAUAUGACCUCGAUCAGCCCAGCACACCUUUGCACUAUUACAACAACCUCUGCAUGGCUGCCAUGAAUGGACAAACUAUGCACAAUGUGACAAGUGAAACAAAAUUUCUGCAAAAACUGAUCAAAGAAAAAGUUGUCAAAGACCUCACUGGUGGGAUACAUUGUGAAUUCUGUGUCAAAGACAGCUAGUGAUUGAAGUGUGGCAUUGCUUGGACUUGUUAAAUUUCCGGAGGUUCAGCUGGAACAACCUUUUCACUGUCUUAAGUUGUUCUUUAAAGUGUGUCUAGAAUGGAUGUGGGAUCUCUGCUGCCUUUUUUAAUGUCAAGUUCAAUUUGUUGGACUUUUAAAUUUAUUUUGAUGUCAGAUUUUCUUUGCACAUUUUUGUGGAUAACUAUGUAAAUACAACCUGGAGUUUAAAGAGAUCCAUUUAAAAUAUUUAAUGUUUUAUGUUGUCUGAAGAAAAGCAGAGUUUUUGUUUUCAGAUGUAUAUGGUACGCACAAUGCUAGCCUGAGUUGUCUAACAGCAUACAAGAGUUAUUUUCCACUGAACUAUUGUCUUUGUUGUUCCAGUUCUUGGUGUAUGGCUCAUUUUCAUGCAUGCCAUGAAAAGAAAGGCGUAUAUGUCUCAAGUCUUUAAUUUCUUGCAACUUGAGCAUUGUGUUUUCCCCUCAAAUAUUUAUAUUCUUUUGGUUUUGUGCUAAUAUUUUUUGGGGGGAUGGAGGAGGAAUGUGGGAGUGGAGGUGAAGGAAAAGGAACUGUUGUGGCAACAACUGAAUAGUAAGUACUUUGACGUUCAUGAUUGAUAUUAAAAUCAGUGAUGUGUUAAUGUAUUUGGUUAGAAUCCUGCCUUAUCAUGAGGCAUGUUUGGGCCCAGGGCACGCUAUAAGAGGAUUUAGCCAGUAGGAGACUUUCACCUGAAUCAUAUCUUUUGUCAUUUCCAUUCCUUAAGACCCGGAUAAGUAUUUCUAACUAGUUGAUUUGCAGCAGAGUUCAGGUACCCCAGUUAAACAAGUGGCAUUAAUACAGAAUGCCCCCCUCAUUUUUAAAUUUUUUUAGAGUAAUUCGAGAAUUUCUAGUUCUGUAAAACCCUGGUUUGUAUAAAUCUUCCAUUUAGCAAUAAUAGAAUCUAUGACUAAGCUAAAAUUUUCAUUGGUUUUCUUUAUGUAAUGAAUUACAGAUAUCCUAACCUUAAUAGUUCACAGUGAUGAUAACCCAUAUGAACUCUAGUGUUGGCUAUCUAAUUGAAGGGAGAGGUAGAGUUGUUGAUUUUCCUGGCUCAGCUUUUAAGUCAGCAAUUGGGUGAGUGCGUGUCAGUAGUAGUAUGAUCUAGUAGCAAGCUAGGUAACUGCUGAAGCUGAAAGCAGCAUACUAAAAAAAAAAAAAGGCAAAAAGCUAUAGAUAUAUGUUCUUGUGACUGGAAAUCAGUGCAUUGCAAAGAAGCUGAACUGUGCAAAUCUACAAGCAGGUUUUGGUGUUCAUUUUCAUUUUUUUACUAGUGGAGUAGUAGGUAUGACUGCAUUUGCACCGAGUAGUGUUAUUACUCAAAUCUACAAUAUGUGAGCAAUGCUUUCUUUGGGAACAAAAACUGCAAAUUGACUGAAGGUUGGCCUAGAAACAUUGUUCAUAGUCAUGGACUUUCCACACGGUGAACAUUCUCAACUUUUUUUACUUUUUGCUAUGAGCGAAGAUAUGAAUGUAGCUGUAGUUUUAAAUUCACAAAAUACUAAUGUGGAAAAGCAAGAUUAGGGUGGUUGAGGUUUUUAUUUUUGGUUUGGUGGUUUGUGUUGUUUUUUCUUCCUUCCAUGGAGAGAAGAUUUAAUGAAUGAUAAUGUUAGAACGCAGUAGAGUAGACUGAUUCUGGCCGUUAUACUAACAGGCAAUAAAAUGACAUCAUAUCAUAAAGUGUAACUCUGAAGAAAGUUGUGGACCUCACCUUUCAUAAGUCCCAUGUACCUAUACAUCCUUGAGAGUCAGGUGAGCAAAUUUGAAAAUCAGAUUUUUGUGUCUGGCACUGUUUGUGUUCAUAGCAAUAAUAUUAAUCUAGCUUCUGCUCCUCCAUGAAACACAUUAAUUUUUGUACUAGCAAUAAAUUUCUAGUCUAUGUUUUUCUUGUAAGUAAAAUAAUUCUAUUGUUUAAUUUAAAAGUAUUUCAUGUGUGAAGAGUUUUAUACAGAUAGUCUUUUAGUUAAUAUAUUAAAAUGUGCUAAUUAUUUUCUCCUGGUAUUUAAACUGGAAGCAAAAUACCUUAAUUUCUUUUGGUAUUGGUGAAAUUUUGGAAGAGUUCAGAAUGUGUGUGUUGGGAGUAUGUCCUGAAUACACCAAAAACAUGUGUUUCAGAGAACUUGGUCCCUCACCAGUUUGCUUUAUUCGGUAACUUAAAAAUAAUCAGUUGAUUAAUAUAAAUGCCAAUAGCUUUUUGGAGAUGCUGUAUUUACUGUCAAAUUCUCAAAUUAUGUUGAUGUAGGAUUAGAUUGUUUUCCCACUAGUUUUAUGGCUUGUGAUAAAACAUUGGUCUCCGUGGUAGUGUAUACUGCAUUGAAUACACCUGCACAGACUUGACCAUCUGUGAAGUGGCAGCAAAGUUCAGGUUGCAAAAAGCAAUAAACUGAUGAAACCACUUUCUACGUAUGUAUUUGUCUCACAGUUUGUAAUUUGUUCUGCCUCCUUUAUUAAGGAUUUUGCAUGUCUUACUGGUCUAAUUGAGAGUCUUGAUGCAAUCCCAGGCACUCAAGAAGGGAAAUUAGUGGCUGAUGAUAAACAAAUCUUUUUUCCUUUCAUUUAUGCCUUUUUAAUACUUAUCAGUGGAGUUUCAUCUCUCCGGUGCCUGGAAGAGAGAAUCCAUCUCAACACUGAUCAUACUGUAGGCCUCCAGGAUUUUGAAAUUAAUGUGUAUGAGAAUAUUUCAGAUGAGGUUAUAGCACUGGCCUGAAAUUCAAGGAUGCAGGUCCUUCAGUGCUGGAGACAAACUGCAGGUUCUGGCCUGGGCUUCAGUCUUACUGGAGGUGCGAUAAGAACAAAAGCUGUGCGUGUCUGUGUGCUGCUGUGUCACAGAUCUUAAGCUUUGCAAAGAAUCUGCAUUAUGCCUUGUAGAUACGCCUUAAUGGUGUUUGUUUAAAAAGUCAACAAAGA